UGUUGUGACUUUUGAUACAACAUAUAAGAGCAACCUAUACGAGAUGCCUGUAGGCAUGUUCAUCGGCGUAAACAAUCAUUAUCAAUGUUGUGUUUUUGGCUGUGUUGUGCUUCGUGAAGAAACUGUAGAAUCUUUCGAGUGGGCAUACGAAACUUUCUUAUCUUCAGUGGACAACAAAGUACCCAAGACGUUCUUGACAGACCAAAGCAGGCAGAUGGAGCUUGCAAUUGCUUCAGUCAUGCCAACCACUAUCCACAGAUGGUGCAAAUGGCACGUUUUCAAAAAGAUGAAGGAAAAAGUGGGCAACGUAUACAGAAAGGGUUCUGCAUUCCGCAUAGAGUUUGACAUGCUCAUCAAUGAGAUGAUGACCGUGGAUGAGUUUGAAAAAGAGUGGGAUGUAUUAAUGUAUACAUAUGGUCUCGACAGAAACUCAUUCAUGAAGCAAGUUUAUGAGGUUAGGGUAAAGUGGGCGAAACCAUACCUGAAGGACAACUUCUGCGCAAAGAUGUGCAGCACUCAAAGAAGCGAGUGCAUGAACAAUGUUUUAAAAAGCUAUGUCGCAAGAUCAGCACCUCUCAACAGUUUCGUCAUCCAAUUCAAUAAAAUGUAUGCCGACAGAUGUGCCGAAGAGGACUACGAGCAUGCCCAUACAAACAAGGACAAGGCAGUUAUCAAAUUCAAUAUUCCAAUAGAACGCCAUGCAUCGAAUGUCUACACAAGAACCAUGUUUAGGAUCUUCUCAGAGGAGCUGUAUCAAUCUGGCCCGUACGAAGUUAUAGGACAACAGCUCGACGGAAAGAUGAUAGUUGAGCAUGUGAACGCUGAAAUCAGGAAACGCUGGUGCAAAGUCACAUAUGAAGUAGACGUAGACAGAGAGAGUGACACAUACACAUGUGAGUGUGGCAUGUUUCAACAUUCAGGAAUACUGUGCAGACACAUUCUCAAGGUGAUGCUUCACGUCAAGCUUCAAGUAAUCCCGGACAAAUACAUAAUGAAGAGGUGGACAAGGGAUGCCCGCGACAUGCUACCAGAACAUCUCAAGUGCUACCAGAAUGAUGCAAGUGUUCAAGUCUCCAAGACAUUCAGGCACAACAUCGUUUACGUAAAAGCUCUUGAGUUAGUUAAGUUGGCGAACACAUCAGUCCCCACAUUCCAGUACGCAAUCCAAAAGUUUCACGAAAUGCAAGAAGAGCUCAACAAAAUGAUUGCUACUGAGGCGUUAUCAGAUCCCCAAAAUCAGAACAAGAGCUGCGGAGGUUCAACGCAAAAUGGAGGGAGCUCAGAGAAACCUGAUGCCACAAAUGGCAUAGCACAUCCUGAUCAAGCAGGAGGGCAUAGUGAUCAAGACUUUUCUGAGGACGUGCUACCACCCGAAAGGAAAAGAUCCAAGGGCAG